CGCAUAGAUGGAAAUAAGGUUUGCAGAUAAGCGGCCUGCUCGAUAGGAAGUUUAUGGAAAUUUUCUGGAGUGUCUUCGACUCCCCUAUGGAUUCCACUGCUAGUCGACUUCACCCAUUGAUCAGGGACUCAUUUGCACACUAGAUAUCAAAUGAAGGUAGUCCUAACUCAGUAAGCUAAGCGAAUCAUGGCCAAGGGCUUUGUGGUCCAUCUUUUUGAUCUUUCCGCCUUCAUAUUCCUGUCAACACCAAGCCCAACACAAAUUGGCCGCCAUCCUUUCCACCCAGCCAGGAGUCGACACAAUGGCACCAAGAAAGCCCAAGAAGAAGCCUCUGCCGACUAAAGAAGAGACCUUCCUUACGAACGCUAGGACGUUGCGCGGCAAGUUCGAGAUGCUUCUCAGCAAAUAUUACACUCUCGAUGCGGAGAACGUGGAAAAUCCCACCUUCAAGCCCGCCUUAGCCACCGUUGAUAUCAAGGGCGAAGAAACCUUCCACGAGAUCAACCAGCGUAUCCGGGCAUUCGUUUCACGAUUGGAGGGACCUCCGGUUGGCAAGAUGGUUCGCGAGGCAAUUAUGAUGGAUCGCGAGGCUGAACUUGAAUACGAGCGAUUCUCUACAGAGUACGAAGAGAUGUCCAGCAAGGUGGUUCGAUUGACGGCUCGUCUUGAAGGCCGAGAGAUUGAGGAGGAGGAGACUAAGGAGGAGGAGACUAAGGAGGAGGAGACUAAGGAGGAGGCUACGAAAGGAGUUCUAGCAGUGGGCCAGGUUGAGAAGGAAUCCGAAAUCAACAAGAGCGAAAGAUAUGGAAGCAGCGGAGGAGGUACCAAGCCAUAUUUUAAGCCAGCCGCUGAGCCAAUUGCCAAGCCAAACGCUGGUAAAAAGCCCGCAGGUUCGAACACUAGUGUCAAGCCGCACCCUCCUACUGUCCACCAACCUAUCAUGGCUCUCACUUCUAACACAGAUCGUGUGAAAUUCUACUCCCAGAAUCCGGGUAGAUCUUCAAACGCUAUCUCCCAGCAGAUCGCUCACACCCUGAUUUCUCCUGCUUCCCUUGUCCAUCAGACGUUCGGAAACGGUGCAUUCGUAACACCUCAACAAAUCUGGGAAGCACGUUUUGGUAAUAACCUAGCAUCGGGCGAGCCAAAGGUCAACAAAAAGUAGUGGAAUACUUGCAUAGAAUUGAGAUGAUUUUCUUAU